GCAAGGAAGAGAGCAAUUUAUUGGCUCAUGGUUGAUGCUGCCACUCGGGGAUGGCGUGACAAUAGUGGUAUCUUUUCCAAGCAAACAGUGGAAGAAAGAAUACUUCCCGUUCUUAAUUCAAAACUUGGGUGUCAUAAGACCUACAACAAUUACCAAAGCCGGUUGAAGUGGUUUAAAAAUCGAUGGGAUUCUUAUUCAGCCCUAAUGCGAUUCAGCUUUGGUUUUGUGUUUCACUCAACUACAAAGAGGUUCACUGCUUCAGAUGAAGUAAGGGAAGAUUACCUAAAGGCUCACCCAAACGAUGCCAAUUUACGCUAUGGGAUAUUUCAUGAUUAUGAGGACUUGGAGAUUGCUAUUGCGAAUGGUGUUGCUGUUGGAAAAAACUCAAUGGGGUUGGGUGGUGCUAUCGAUGCAAGAACAUUAGGUGUUGGAGAAGAUAGAGAUAUAUGCAUAGAAGAAUUCGAUUAUGAUGUAGAUAGUGAUGUGUUCGUAAGACCAAAUCAGAAUGAUCGAUCAUUUCACUCCACAUCACCUCUAGGGUCGCCUGAAAUUUUAGAGGUUCCCAAGCAAGGAAGAACCCAAACCAAAAGAAAUAGAACCGAGUAUGAAGAAAACACCCCUCAAAGUGGCAUUAUGGAACAACUUAAUAAAAUUUCGACUACUUUUGAAGGAGUCUAUAGCCUAUUGGCGAAGAGAGAAAGAGUAUUGGAGAAAAGAGAAAGGGAGAGAGAAUAUACAACUUGGGAUGCUAUCAAGGAGAUCCCAAACAUGGAAGAAGCUAUUCGUUUCAAGGCGCUUGAGUUGCUUGACACCCAAACAAAAAAAGAUGGUUUCCUGAAGAUGUCUCCUGAAGAACGAGCAAAUUGGAUAUUCCACAAGAUGCGAGAACUAUAAUUAUUUGAGUCAUGUAUUAGGUCUUUUUAGUUAUUUUGAGUAUUUUAUAUUUUGUUGGGAAUCUAGAUUACAUUUGGUCUUUUGAGUUAUUUUGAGUACUUUUG